GCUAAUAUCAAUCUAUCAUACCAUGAAUACAAGACAAGAUGAGAGAAGGAAGAUGAUGAGAACUCUUUCAGACCUUUUUUUAAAUUUCUGCUGGAUUUAAAGAAUGAAUAUAAAUCUUAAGAGAAAAGGGAAAUGCAAUAUAGGACUUUUUGGAAUAUACAAAUGUGAUGAAUGCUGAGGGGCCAACACUUUUGAUACAAAACUGGAGUGUGCUGUAGGUGGAUAAUGUGAAUUACUCUGACUGAAGACUGGAGUGGACUAACCACAGGAGUGAGAAAUCUUCCAUUGGAGCACUGUCUACAGAAACAAAGCAGGACUGGAAGGAGUGGUCAACUUGUCCGAGUGGCUUUCCUGUUUCUUUUUGGGACCCAGCUUUUAUUAUCCUACUGCUACCAUACCACUGAGAGAUGGUGAGAGUGUUAAAAAUGGUAAUAAAGGAGGAUGCUUUGCUUUUCACGACUAAUUCACACUCAAAUCCAUAAGGGAAAGGAAACACGAGUAAAGUUGCCUAAAGAGGAGGGAUUACUUUGUGAUUUUUUUAUAUUCCGGUGAGAUUUACUUAUUGACAUAUGAGAAAAAAGGGCUGAAAUACCUACUUUGUACUGGAUGCGGAGAGGGAUUGGUUGUUCUUGAGAGGCAUGACCUACAUUAUUCAGACAGAAGUGAUGGUGAGGAGCUUCUAUCUUUUGUCAUCUCAGUAAAGGAGAGAGUGUGGUAAGCGAGAAAUAAAAAACAAAACAAAACGUAAAGACGACAGAGAGGAUUUCUUUGUGUUUUUAUGAAUCUUUGUCAGUAUGAACACUUAUUUCCACAGCCAUGAGUUUUGUUGUAGCCCUAAAAAGCCCAGCAGUGGCACUACGAAGGGCAAAUCUGGCAAAGGGAAGGCCAAGUCAAGCAAGAGCCACUCUCACUCGAAGCAUAACCAGAAUUUAUUGCAAGUACAGACGCCGAAUAACCAACUGCAAUCUUCGCCUCGACACUCACCAAAGCGCCACCCCCAUUCACCAAAGCCAAAGCAACGGCAUCCGCCAAAACAGCUCACUCCGUCUCCCUCUCCCAGCUACUACCACAUAGCGCCACCAUCUUCCAGUCAUCAGCUAUGCCCGCCAUCACCAACUUGCCAUAUGGCCCCACAGUCCCCAAACAACCUAUUUCAUUCGCCAAGCCACCAUCAGCUUCACCUAUCGCCAGGCCACUAUCACUCCCCCAACGACCACCUGCUUCACCUGUCAGCAAGUCAUCAUCAGCUGCAGCAUCAUUCUCACAACCAGUAUCACCCACCAGCCUCACCCAGUCACAUGCUCUCUUCACAUUCAACUCAUCAAAUCUACCACCAGCAGCAGCAGCUCCACUCCCCCAGUCACCACUCACUGUUCCAGCAGUACCAGCACCACCACCACAACUGCCCUUCUCCUCUUCCUCAUGCCUCCCAGUCGCUUUCUAUCCAUCCUUUUCACUCUCCACAGCUCCCCUUGUAUUCCGGGCUGGGGGGUAAUGGGUGGAGCACACUUCCUACCAACCUCGCCAACAGGGGCUGUAGAGGGAAGUUUCCCAAUCUUAGAGACAGCGUGAAAAAGAGUCCCAUAAAGAGCAAAGACAAAACAGGAGGCAGGCUGUGGCCCAAUGACACGUAUAUCUGGACUGCACACUCAAUGGAGACACCCCCACAUGUGCCACUCAUACACCACUUCCCACGAAUACAAGCCCAUGUACAGGCCAACCCCCCUCCAGUGGUGGUCAACACCGACAGCGUCGACACCCCCCCAUAUGUCAAUGGAACAGAAGCAGACUAUGAGUAUGAGGAAAUCACGUUGGAGCGGGGUAACUCAGGCCUCGGCUUCAGUAUCGCUGGAGGGACCGAUAACCCCCACAUUGGAGAUGACCCCUCGAUCUUCAUCACCAAGAUUAUACCUGGAGGAGCUGCAGCCCAGAAUGGACGACUCAGGGUGAAUGACUGUAUAGUCCGGGUGAAUGAGACGGACGUCAGAGAAGUGACCCACAGCGGCGCCGUGGAAGCUCUAAAGGAGGCAGGUGGUCUGGUCAGACUGUGUAUACGACGCAGGAGGAGCCUCACCGAGAGAAUCCUGGAUAUCAAACUAGUCAAAGGCCCCAAAGGUUUAGGAUUUAGUAUAGCUGGUGGAGUUGGAAACCAACAUGUCCCUGGCGACAACAGCAUCUAUGUGACCAAAGUCAUUGAGGGAGGAGCAGCACACAAAGAUGGACGUCUACAAAUAGGCGACAAGCUUGUUGCUGUAAAUGGCUCCUGUUUGGAGGAGGUAACUCACGAGGAGGCAGUGGCCGCCCUAAAGUCGACUCCUGAUGUCGUGUACCUGCGUGUGGCCAAACACACCUCCCUUUUUAUCAAUGACAACUUCCCUCCGCCCGAUGUCACUAACUCAUAUUCCCCACACCAGGAUAACCACAUCAGCCCCUACAUGAGUGGCAGCCAAUCUGUAAGCCCUGCCCCGCUGACCACCCCCAGAUACUCACCGCUGCCCAGGUCCAUUGCAGGAGACGAUGAUAUCACCCGGGAACCCAGACGGGUGGUGCUGCAGAGGGGAUCUACAGGUCUCGGAUUUAAUAUUGUUGGAGGGGAAGAUGGAGAAGGGAUCUUCAUUUCCUUCAUUCUUGCUGGAGGUCCAGCUGAUCUCUGUGGGGAACUUCGAAAGGGAGACCGCAUCCUGUCGGUGAAUGGGGUGGACCUGUCCAGUGCAACACACGAGCAGGCAGCCGCAGCUCUGAAAAAUGCAGGACAGACCGUCACCAUAGUAGCCCAGUUCAGACCAGACGAGUACAGUCGUUUCGAGGCAAAGAUCCAUGACCUGAGGGAACAGAUGAUGACCAGCAGUGUCAGCUCCAGCUCCACGUCUCUCCGCUCCACACAGAAGCGCACACUUUACGUCAGGGCCUUGUUUGACUAUGAUGGAAGUGCUUCGGAUCUGAGCGCGCCCAAUCAGGCCCUGCCCUUUCAUUUUGGGGAUAUCCUCCACGUGAGCAGUGCCAGCGAAGAGGAGUGGUGGCCCGCCCGUCACCUCAGCCCCCCGCCCCCAAACUGCCCAGAAGUCGGGGUCAUCCCCAGCCGCCGGAGGGCAGAAAAGAAGGAGAGGUCGAGGUUAAAGACAGUCAGAGUGAGCAGGUCUCAGGACAGAUCAGAUCAGGAUGAUAAAGCUGGUCAGGAGGAGAUCCUUCUCACCUACCAACCUGUCAUGCAGCAUGAAGUUAAUUACACACGGCCAGUCAUCGUGCUUGGACCAAUGAAAGAUCGGGUUAACGAUGACCUCAUCUCCGAGUUCCCUGACAAGUUUGGCUCCUGCGUCCCACACACAACACGGCCACGGAGAGACUACGAGGUGGAUGGCAGAGAUUACCACUUCAUGUCCUCCAGAGAGCUCAUGGAGCGAGAGAUUCAGGAGCACAAGUUCAUUGAGGCUGGGCAGUAUAACAACCAUCUGUAUGGAACCAGCAUACAGUCUGUCAAAGAGGUCGCUGACAAGGGCAAACACUGCAUACUGGAUGUAUCAGGGAACGCGAUAAAGCGUCUCCAGAUGGCAGGCCUCCAUCCCAUCGCUAUCCUCAUUAGACCACUCAGUGUCGACAACAUUUUAGAGAUGAAUAAGCGUCUCAGUGAGGAGCAGGCAAGGAAGGCCUACGACAGAGCUGUGAAACUGGAGCAGGAGUUCACAGAGUACUUCACUGCGAUCGUCCAGGGCUCAACUCUAGAGGAAGUGUAUUCGCAGGUGAAGCAGAUAAUCGAGGAGCAGUCUGGUCCUUACAUCUGGGUUCCCACCAAGGAGCGACUCUGAAUAAAUACCCACAUACAACAUACUCACACACACACACACACACACACACACAAACAUCAGCCUCUCUGCACACUUCCUUCUUGUCUAAUUUUCUAUUAUCAGCCUGCUUCCUUGCUCUCUUUUUCUUACGCACGCAGAUCACUACAUGCAUUGACACAUUUACAUAAGCACAUUCAGUGGGACGAGGCUGGGACUAUCUGGGACUGCUGCUUCCUGAAGUGGGAGGAGCUCAUGUCUGUCCAGCAGCCUAUUGGUGGAUCUUCCUACGGCUCAGUUCCUUAAUGUUUAAGGAGGUGGUUUAAAUCAAGGCGACAUGUACCAUUAUCUGAUUUGAUUUCAUUAUUGUUCUUCUUAUUGUUGUUGUCGUUGUUGUUUUCAUAUUAACGAAGGGUAAUGCAUUCAUGUAUGGGUUUGUAAUGAUUAUAUUGUCACCAAGAGGCAGAUUUUUGCACGCUGUAGCUUUAAGAGCAUGUUUUUGGGACAAAAUCUUGAUCUCCUUCCCUCUCUGUCUGUCUGUCUCUCCUCAUAGCAUCACUUCUGUUUACAGUUUCUUAUUCAUGUUGUUUUCUCAAUCCUCAAUCCUUUCAUUCCCUUUCUUCUUUUGACUAUCCACAGACUUUAGAUAUGAGGUGAAAAUCAUUAUAAAAUUUCCAAUACGCCACAGAAUUUUGGCAUCAAAACAAAUACUGUUUAGAGAUGUAGCAAGAAUAUAUUAAUCAUUUAAUCUGUAAGCAAUGUGUGAUAAAAUAAUAAUUAUAUUAAGAAGCGGCAGUUCUCGAUCCAAUAACUAAAGAAGAUUAAAUUCAAAUAAAUAAAGUGCAAAGCCCUCUAUCAGUAGUUUGCUAUUAAAAGGUCAAAAAAAAAACUGCCUCAUAUUGAUGAUGGAGUACGUUUGGAGCUCUGGGCCUGCAUUUAUCACAUUUCUGAGAAAUCUUUUUAAUAUAACUCACAGUUCUCCAUGGUGAGUAGAGACGAGGUCAUAUUUAUCAGGCAGCUCACUGCGAUUUACAGCCAAAGAGAAAACACGAUAGAGCAGCUCAUAAGGCCAUCGAACGAUCAAUAACCAAUCAGAGUCAAGUCAUCUGCACUGUUGCUCGUUACUUUUUACAAAUUCUUAUCUUCAGUAGAAAUGUAUCGUCUAAUUUACAAAAUAUAUAAAUACUUUGUCUGGAAUACAAAGUACAGAUGAAGGGAAAAUGGUAAAAAUCUUUAAAAUGUUAAAACCAGAUACAAAUAACAGAUUAUGGUACAAGCUGUAGUUUGUGUAAACACUCCAAAACAAUAACAUUUAAGUCAGAAUAAAACCAUAAACUGCUCCAGUUUCUUAGGAGAAAUAAAAUAAAACGGAAUUUAGACAUUUUUCUUUUUACUUAAGUUCUAAAAUUGUACUCGACAGCUCGACAAACAGCAGCACAGAUUCGAGAUCGAGUCUGUUUCGUAGAAGCUUUCAUCUCGAAGAGGCUUCUCUGCCUUUUCCUUCCACCUCCGCUUCCUUCUCUCUGUCUCAUGCCUUCGUGUCUCCUCCUCUGCGCAGUGUGACGUUAGUUACGCACGCCAGCAUUAAAAAGUGUAUCUUCUGCUUCAUCAUCACUAUCAUCACGAUCAUAAUCAUCAUCGUUACGGCUUUCCUUCUUACCGUAGUUGCACUAAUGAGGGCUGGUUUCUUAAAAGCAUCUUUACCCUCCCAGUGUUUCCGGUCUGCGCACGUGAUGCAUGACACACUCGCUUUUCUCUCAGCGAUGAUUGAGCUUCUUUGAGACGAAGCUGGUCGACGCGGGUUUUUUUUGGUAAAGGUUAAAAAACACGUCAUACUGUCGUUGAUGAGUAUUUUAGGGGUAUCGAGUGUACUCUUCUGGAGAAACUUGCUGUUUGGAUUAACCAAUUGACUCUAAUCCACUUUUUCCCCCGCUGGAUUUAUAAGUUUAAGCAUUGACCCCCCUUUUAAGUUUAAGCCUUUAUGUGUGACCUCCGUACUGCAUCCAUAAUUAUCCAGCUAAGGGUUAUAUCUUGGAGCCUGUUUUCAUUAUUUCACAAAUGUCUACUUUAUGCAUUGAAGGAUGAAAUGUUUGGCUCAAGGCUGAACUGACUUUUCAUUCAUUUAAAGAGGCCACACAGCAAACCUAACCCUGUAAAGCCUGAGCCAUUCCUUUCCUUCUGACAAAUGAAAAAAGAAAAAAAAAAGAAAUGAAUUAUCAAUACACGAGUUUCAAUUUGUAUAAUUUUUGCUUUAUCUGGCAUUUUUUAGGUUGAUGAUAUUUAAAGAAGUUUAAAAAAACCUCACAACUCAUGUGUUAAAUAUGAUACAGUUGGCGUUAUGGGGUUAAAGCUACUCAGUGGAGUCUGUGACCACAUUAACAGCACAUGUAACCUAACAAUGGCGACUCUGUUGGUCAUGUGAAGCUUGCUUAGUGCAUCUGUUACCUGUAGUAGUCAGAGGCUUUGCUGCUUGUCGCCAAGGCUCAGCUUAACAACACGUGACUAAACUCUACUUCUACUGAAAACUAAAAUGAAAACAACAACAAAAACAAUCAUAGCAGUGUUGUUGAGUAUAUCUGUUUUUUAGCAUUGCAUCUGCUUUAUCGCAAGGGCCAUUUAAUGCAUUCUACUCAGUGGCCUGAAAGGUGCUGUGGAGCAAUAUUAUUUUCACUUUCUUGCAAUCCAGGUUGCACCUGUAAAGUUUGUCGCAUGACUGCAAAAAAUUAUUUACACUCUAUUCGCCUCAUAGAUAUUUUGUUAUUCGGAUUAGAGCGUACAUUCUUGAGAGCCCUUUGCUACGUAAUUGGCUUUGGUGUAAUGUUUCCAGUUUCUCCAGGGAGCAACAUCGCAUGCUGAGGUCAUGAACGACACUCACCGGAAACACGAUGUAACAUAAUCUCUUGUUUUCCAAACGUAACAUUCGAGAUCCCAAGAUGCUUUUGGCGAUGCAGCCCCCACCUGUAUGGACCUUGUCAGCCACCCGCUCCCCAUCUCCAUCCUCCAACCCCGAGGCGACUUCUCCAAGCUGACUGGAGACUGGAGACGUAUAGAAAGACUGUUCUGUCAACAGAGUAGCUUUUUAUUUCAAAUAACAACCAGUUUUUGACCGCAUGUGUUUUAAAAGGCUUUAAAUGUUUCUCCACAGAAUGUUCAGAUAGGCCAAAUCUGUAAUCCUCACUGAUUCAGGUCGAUCAGUACUGUGUUUGUGUGUUGACAGAACUGGGCUGUCUGUAUGACUCUGGCUGUGUGUUUUUAGCCAGGGGACCAUGCCACUGUAUGUUAGAGUAAAGCACCGAUGCAAAGAAUCUAUUACAGAGAUGGAACUAUAUCUAACAUAUAAUAUUUAUCCCUGCUCUAACUGCCUAUUUUGGUACAAAAAACAUAAAUAAAAGUCUUUAUUGAGAUUUACUGAAAUCCUUUUACCUUUAACCGGAGAUGAUUAUUCUUCUUCUUUUCUUUUUUUUGCAUUGUGGAAUGUGUAUGAAUGUGAAUAUUCUCUUAAAACUGUAAUCUAAUAUAAGUUCCUUUACUCUCACCUCUA